UACUCAAAGGAUCUCUUCUUUUCAAACAGGAGGACAGAGAAAUGGCUGGAAUCUCACCUAGUAACCUCAGCCACACAGCUGGAAUAUCAGGGAGGAACACUUUAGUCCAGGAAGACAAAGGAAAUGGGACACAAGUGAAUAGUCUGCCACUGGACUCCAGCAACACUGACUUUGCCUUCAGCCUCUACAAAGAGCUGGUUUUGAAGACGCCAGAGGAAAAUGUUGUUUUUUCCCCUUUCAGUAUCUCAGCUGCAUUGGCUGUCCUGUCCUUGGGAGCAAACAGCAACACCCUUAAAGAGAUCCUGGAAGGUCUCAAGUUCAGUCUCACAGAGAACCCUGAGACAGACUUCCACCGGGGCUUUGGGCACCUCCUGCACAUGCUCAGCCAGCCAGGGGACCAGGUGCAGAUCAGCACAGGCAGCGCCAUGGUUAUUGAAAAGCACCUGCAGAUCCUGGCAGAGUUCAAGGAGAAGGCAAGGGCUCUGUACCAGGCUGAAGCCCUCAUGGCCGACUUCCAGCAGCCUCAAGAGGCCAAAAAUCUCAUCAAUGACUAUGUGAGAAAACAGACCCAGGGGAAGAUCAAGGAACUCAUCUCACAACUAGAUAGGAGGACAUCCAUGGUGCUGGUGAAUUACAUCUACUUUAAAGGCAAAUGGAAGAUGCCCUUUGACCCUCGUGACACAUUUGAGUCCCAGUUCCACUUGGAUGAGAAGAGGUCUGUGAUGGUGCCCAUGAUGAAAAUUGAGGACCUGACCACACCCUACUUCCGGGAUGAGGAGCUGUCCUGCUCUGUGGUGGAGCUGAAGUACACAGGCAAUGCCAGCGCCCUGUUCAUCCUUCCUGACCAGGGCAAGAUGCAGCAGGUGGAAGCCAGCUUGCAGCCAGAGACCCUGAGGAAAUGGAAGGACUCUAUGAGGCCCAGGAUAAUCGGUGAGCUCUACCUGCCCAGGUUCUCCAUCUCCACUGACUACACCUUGGAGGAAAUCCUCCCUGAGCUGGGAAUCAGGGAAGUCUUCUCCUCACAGGCUGAUCUGUCUCGGAUAACAGGAGACAAGAAUCUGCACGUCUCUCAGGUGGUCCACAAGGCCGUGAUGGAUGUGGCUGAGAAAGGCACAGAAGCAGCUGCUGCUACGGGAAUCAAACUAGUCCCAUGUUGUGGAAAAAUAAGAAGUAUGAUUGUGCGUUUCAACAGACCGUUCCUCAUGAUUGUCUGUCACACUAACAGUCAGGUUAUCCUCUUUAUGGCGAAAGUCACCAACCCCAAGGUGUGACUCCUCUGCCCAGGAUCCCAGGAGGGAGCCUGCAUGUGCUUCCCUGUGUGCUCCCUGUCAUUCAUGCUCUGAUUGGCUGUUUUCUAGCUGCCUUAGAAAGUGACAGGCCCUAUUUCUGUGGCUCCCACAGGCACAGGAGCCUCUGGAUGUCAGUGUCAGACUCUCAGGCCUCCUGGGAGAACCUGCUCAUGUUUCUCAACCUGGAAUCU